AUGUCUGAAGAAGUUGAAGAAAAUACUUGUGCCGAAGCAGCUCAAGUCAUAGAACACUUGGUUCAGAGUAUACCUUGUUCAUCUGUUGAUGUACCCCCUCCAGUCUCGAAAGCUGAACCGGGGGAAGAUGAAGCUGUAAAAAGAAUUGUAAUUGAUGAAUCUGAUGAUGAAAAUCACAGUUUGAACAUGGGAUUAACAUACGCUGAUCACAAUUACGAUGUUCCGGAUCCGGCCAAGCGUUUUCGUCCUGAUCCCAAUGAGUCGAAAAAGUUCGAAACCAUUGACGGCUUAACUAUCAACGAAAAAAACGAAUUGGUUUUCACAACUUCACGUACUCGUGAUAUCAUCAGGUCGCAACCGUUCGCUCGCGAAGCUGAGGAUCGAAGAAGAUCGGAACCCAGUUUUCGGUUUGGUCAACGUAGAGUCGAUUAUUCACCUGGUUUUCCUGAGAGUUCUACACCGUAUUCAAUCAACCGGAAUUCCAGCUCCGGUUAUUAUAUUAGUGAUGGAAGAUCUGGAAACAUUCGAGCUGCGGCUGCUUCUAAACCACGAACAUUAUCCACCAGUGGAAUAGCGCAAAACUUACCCGGGGAUGUUUAUGGUAGUCAAAGAAAAAUCGAAGCAUCACAGAGAGUUCAUGAUUUUAGACAUAACACAAUAGUUGCCAAUAGACAAACUGUUGGAGGUCAUUUCAACUCGGCAGAUCCCAGCCAAGCUGCCGUUGCAAAUGCUCCUGCGCCAUUACUUGUGUGUGGUAACAGGAAUGUUAUUCAUAGAAAUCCUACUCGAGCCAAAAGAGAUGAAUCGGCAGAACCUUUAUCUUUGACUUCGCCAAUCCUACGAUCUCCUUUACAUUCACCUAGAAAAGUUCACUUCUUAGACGGUGAUGCUACCUCUCAAUCUCCUAACAGAUGUGGAGAGUCUAGAGGACCUCUGCUUUUAUCUACCUCCGGUGCCUUACAAAGAAAAUUACCCCAAAGUAAACCAGUGCCUCCGCAUAGACAAAUCAGUAUUAGUGCUCCCAACUCCAAUGUGCCUAUGCGCAACAUGCCUGCGCGACUCCAUGUGCCUUCGAAUGAUCCUCACUCUCUCCCCGAUAAUAUUAUAGAGGAUACGAAAAACCCUAAGCUUGAAAUGAGUCCAUCUCACGUCCAUUCUCCCCAAGAAGUUCUAUCUAGGCCAGCAUCAGAGAAAACAAAUGAUACUUCCGGUAAUUCUACAGCGGAAAUGAUAAAAGAAAAAAUUGCCACAGUUACCCGUGAAAUCGAAAUGGAAAAAAUGUUUGAGAAACCCUCGUUCGAUGCAUCUGCGUCCAAUGGUGCAGAAAGUAUACCUUAUGAAACCAUUCGAGCGCGCGGUAGGCCGCGGGGAAACUGGAAUAAUCGUACAAGAAAUUCUUUGAGUAAUAGUAGUGGAACAAUCGGGUCGUCAUCGCCUCAAAGCGCUUACACAAACGGGUCACCUACAAAGUCAUUUAAUAUUUCAUAUUCUAAUUCAAAAGAAAGACCUCCCGUGCGUUCGCCUACUAGAGCAAAUUUAGACUUGAAUAACCAUGUGUCGUUCGGAAAUAUUGAGAGUAGUAAAAGUAGCGCUAGGCAUUCUUUUCCGUUUAGUAAAAAGGUUACUAACAAAGCAGAGGUGAUAGUUCCCACCAGAGGAAGAGGAAGGAAAAAACGAGACAAAGUGGUUACUAAAAAAUCUGACACUGACGUAACAGCUGAGGAGGAAGAAGAUGAAGAAGAAGGGACUUGGGAAGCCCGAUGUGUAUGUACUCUCGAUCAUGGUUUGGGCCUAUGUGUGUGCUGUGACCGAUGCAAUAUGUGGCAGCAUGCACCUUGCUAUGGGUUCAGUACUGAUGAAGAGAUACCAGAUAAGUGGUUAUGCGAAAUAUGUAAACCUAGAAAACUCACUAUCACGAAAGAACAUGCACUAAGGAUACAGGAAGAAUUAGGAUUUCAUCAUCCUAUUAGAAAGGUCCGCAGUCUUACGAAAGAAGCGAAACAGCAUACCCCUGCGAAACCUGUAAAAGCUAAUUAUAACCGGAAGUAUCAGGAUGUUCUGAAAAAUAACUUCACGAAACAUGCUAAACAACUACUAGAGUUAACACCAGAUAGUGGGUAUAUACGGAAAGAUCAGAAAGAUUCCUUCAAGUCUUGUACUAAAACUAUGUUUGUUGCACCUGAUAUUGAGGGCUUGGUGUGCACUCGCGAUAUUAAUUCUGGAGAUCUGAUAAUAGAGUUUAUCGGGCAAGUGAUGCUUCCUAACGAAAGAACAAGAGAAGGUUUUCAACGUUUCUCUUUGUUGUAUGACGGCUUGAACUGUUCAACUUCGGCCGGACAGGAAGAAAAGAAUACAUAUAUCUGCAUAGAUGCUAGCAAGAUUGGUGGAGAUGGCAGAUUUGCACGAAGAAGUUGCCGACCAAAUUGUAGUGUGCGGCAUAUCUUGCAAAACGGACACCUUAACGUCUAUUUGGUUGCAAACGAAAGUUUUCCUGACGGAACAGAGGUAACAAUACCGUUUGACAUCGACAGUUCUACGAACGACAUGCAAAUGUAUUGCUGGUGCAGUUUGCAACGGGAGAAAGAUAAAUGUUUGUUCCGUCAAUCGGAGACUUUGUACAUUCUUGGUCAUGCUGCAAGAAAAGAGGAUGAGCUAGACUCGAGCAAUCUCGAAGAUGAUAAAAAGGCUGAUAAAAGGGGUAGACCGAAAGGAAAGGGAAGGCGAUCCAAAUUGGGAACCCAGAAUGGAGCUGCUGAAGAAGUGAAAGUCAAGGAAGAAGUUGAAGUCCAAAAGGAAGUGAAGGAAGAAACUACUGCUAUUGUAACUAAUUCCAAAGUUUCUUCCGAUGAACAAGAAACUAAGCCAGAAGUAAAAAAAGAAGAGGUUGUUUCACGCCCAUCUAGGAAAAUCAAAGAUUUGGAGAAGAGUAACGUAAAUUACACUUUGCCUGCUGAUCGUAACAAGCCAAGUCGAGAAGAAAUGAAAAUACAACAGCAAUUGGCUCUUAUGGAGUCAGCCAAGUCGAAGAAAGAUUCUAAACAAACUGAAAAAAGGAAAUCGAAGAGCUCUGCUGAAUCUCCAUCUAGAAGACGAAGCAGAAAAGACACAGAAAAAGAGAGAGAAAAAGAACGAGUGGAGAAUCAAGAGGACAUGGAGACUCCUAAAUAUCAACCUCCUCGUAAGCGGUGGUUACAGAAAGAGAAAACUUUAGCCAACAGUGCUCCAGCAGCUACUUGUGAUCAAAAAGUUAAACUCGAGCCCGAUUCUGAAGAAUCUGCAGUUGUACCCAGUAAAAAGCAAUGGUUGAGAAGGCAUGCUGCAGCACAGUCUGAGCAGAUUGUGACUCCCACCACCUCCUCGACGCUCUCUCCAUCAAAGAAGAGAAAGGCAACCAAAAGUUCGGAAGAUACCUCGGCGCUUAAUGAACUAAGAGUUCAACUCCAAUUGAAUGCCGAUACAGUGCUCGAAAAGAUGGGAGAAGUUUACUACGAGCUGCCCAAGCACAUCGAAGGCGUACCAUCAGUGAAAGAAAAAAAGGAGGAAGUUCAAGAGGAACCAAAGAUAAAACAAGAACCGAUAAAAGAAGAAGAUGACUCUAAGAGUAAAGUAGAAGAACCUCCUCAGAAAAAUCCAAAAAGACUCAGUAUUGAAGAUUAUCGCAAACGUCGGCCGCGUGUACCUUCUAACGAAACAUCUAACGUGCGAGUUGAACGUUCUUUCAUACCUUCUAUGGAUAAUAUCGCUGAUCAAACCCUGUUGUUGCCAAUCACAUUGCCAGAUCCAACAAGAUCCAGCUUAGAUGCUUUAAAAAAAGAUAUUUAUGGAGAAAUGACAGGAACGAAUGACACAUUAGAUCACUUUGGCUCGCUCUCACCGCAAGCUUCUCAUUCGACAAGUUAUGUAUCCACCGGUAGUGAAAGAGUCAGAUCUCCCCAGAAAACAAACAUUCCCCGAGUGCAGCCAUCUCCACCACCUAGGCCUUCAAUAGCGGACAGACUAGCAGUUGAAUUUGGGUUAGAAUUCUCCCCCAAAAAGCAGGAAAAUGAAGUUCCUCCUGUUACACAACUGCCUGUUUGCCCACCCCCAGUCAGUCGGCGAGAACAAAGCUCGGCAAAUGUGCAAUUAAAUCGGGCAUCGACGAGAAAAUCCCGCUGGUAA